AGAGAGCAACAAUUUCAGCAUCUACAAGUUCAUCAACUUCUCGACUCGUCACCGGUGGGCGUGUGGUCCAAGCCGACGGUUAGACGCAAGACAAAGAUCGUGUGCACGAUCGGUCCUUCUACCAACACGCGUGAAAUGAUAUGGAAGCUGGCCGAAGCUGGAAUGAAUGUUGCUCGGAUGAACAUGUCUCAUGGAGACCACGCGUCUCAUCAGAAAGUUAUAGAUUUGGUUAAGGAAUAUAAUGCUCAAUCCAAAGACAAUGUAAUUGCAAUCAUGCUCGACACCAAGGGUCCUGAAGUUAGGAGUGGGGACCUGCCACAACCAAUCACAUUAAUGAGUGGGCAAGAAUUCACUUUUACAAUUCGGAGAGGGGUUGGCACAGCAGAUUCUGUUAGUGUGAACUAUGAUGAUUUUGUUAAUGACGUAGAAGUGGGUGACAUGCUUCUUGUUGAUGGUGGUAUGAUGUCAUUUUUGGUGAAGUCCAAGACAGAAGAUUCAGUGAAGUGUGAAGUUGUUGAUGGAGGAGAACUUAAAUCUAGGCGUCACUUAAAUGUUCGAGGAAAAAGUGCAACACUGCCUUCCAUCACUGAGAAGGAUUGGGAUGAUAUCAAAUUUGGAGUAGACAACAAAGUUGACUUUUAUGCUGUUUCCUUUGUUAAAGAUGCACAAGUAGUUCAUGAAUUGAAGAAUUAUCUGCAAAGCUGUGGUGCAGAUAUACACGUCAUUGUAAAAAUUGAAAGUGCAGACUCUAUCCCAAAUUUGCAUUCCAUUAUCACAGCAUCUGAUGGGGCAAUGGUUGCAAGAGGAGACCUUGGAGCAGAGCUCCCUAUUGAGGAGGUUCCACUUCUGCAGGAGGAGAUAAUCAGAAUCUGCCGUAGCAUGGGGAAAGCUGUUAUUGUGGCAACAAAUAUGCUGGAAAGCAUGAUUGUACACCCAACUCCAACCAGAGCAGAGGUAUCAGACAUUGCCAUCGCUGUCCGAGAGGGUGCUGAUGCAGUCAUGCUUUCUGGUGAAACUGCUCAUGGAAAGUUCCCCUUGAAAGCUGUUAAAGUCAUGCACACAGUUGCAUUACGGACGGAAGCUACCAUAUCAUGCGGUGAAAUGCCACCUAAUCUUGGUCAAGCCUUCAAGAACCAUAUGAGCGAGAUGUUUGCUUACCAUGCAACCAUGAUGUCUAACACUCUUGGAACCUCAAUUGUUGUCUUCACCAGAACUGGUUUCAUGGGUACCCUACUGAGCCACUAUCGACCUUCAGGCACCAUAUUUGCUUUUACAAAUGAGAAGAGGAUACAACAAAGGCUGGCUUCGUAUCAAGGAGUGUGCCCCAUAUACUUGCAGUUCUCAGAUGAUGCUGAAGAGACCUUUGCGAAUGCCUUAGCUCUACUAAAGAAUCAAGGGAUGGUGAAGGAGGGUGAAGAGGUAGCACUUCUUCAGAGUGGAAGACAACCCAUCUGGCGAUUCCAAUCCACUCACUAUAUUCAGGUCCGGCAAGCGUAAGCGCUAAGUAAGCUGAUGAGCCCACAUCAUUUUGCCACUUGCCCAUGCACUGUGAUCAUUUCAAACUAUCAGAACGCUUAGAUUUAUUCGGGGCUUCCCUCGGGUGGAUUGGUGUAAUUUUUGCUGGCAUUGUUAUAUAUGUGUAUUUCAAGAUUCCAUC